AUCCUCAGUCGGUGAUCGUCCUCGGAUUUGAAAACAUCUGAAGUUGUACGUGCAAAUUCUGGACUGUAUUAGCGUUUGAGUGCUUAUAUUUACGGUUAUUAUUGGUAACUGAAUUCGGUUCAAUAUUCGAUAGAAAUUUUGUGUAGUUACGAUAAGAGUGUAUACCAGUCGAUCAAACUCUCUCACCGUCUCGUCGCGUGAGAGCAAAUGAAACGGGUAGGAAAAAAAUAAAACAUCUCACGCUCUUUGGCUAGCCGUCAAGAAUUUUCAUUCGCCUCAGUCUCUUUUCCACAAAAGUUUGCGAAGUUAAGACGGGCCCAAGCUUAGGCUCCCGCGAGUGCUUUUCAAAUUAGAAUAAAAUACCAGCGAAUAAAAAUUGCCCGUGUUUCGGUAUAGGUUGAUUAAAAUCCUGAUCUGUCCCUGUUUUCCAAACGUUCGGUUGGAAAGAUAAGAGUUCGGAAAAAAGCCAAAACCGGUAAACAAAUAUCUGUGUGACCAGGUGAAUUUCCUGUGUGUGUAGAAAAGUGCUCGUGAGCAAGCGAGGAAGAAAUUCUGCUGCAGUUUUUGGAUCGAAGCAUUCUCGGAGGCAAAUAAGGAGCUAAAAAUGCCACAGACCAAGCAGACGAACGGAUUUGCCGCCGCCAAUGGACACAACGGCUACGAAAUGGAGGAUGGGUGCUCGUUCCUGUUCACUUCCGAAUCGGUUGGAGAGGGACAUCCAGAUAAAAUGUGCGACCAGAUCAGUGACGCUAUUCUCGACGCCCAUUUGCAACAAGAUCCAAAUGCUAAGGUCGCUUGUGAAACAAUCUCCAAAACCGGAAUGAUCCUGCUGUGCGGGGAGAUCACCUCCAAAGCUGUCAUCGACUACCAGAAAGUUGUUCGCGAAACUGUCCGACACAUCGGAUAUGACGACUCCUCGAAAGGCUUCGAUUGGCGCACGUUGAAUCUGCUGGUUGCCAUCGAGCAGCAAUCCCCGAACAUUGCCCAAGGCGUUCACGUCGAUCGCGAUGACGAUAAUGUUGGCGCAGGCGACCAGGGUUUGAUGUUCGGCUAUGCCACGGAUGAAACCGAAGAAUGCAUGCCACUUACCGUCGUGCUGGCGCACCGUCUGAACGAGCGGAUUGCCGAUUUGCGUCGCAGUGGUGACUUCUGGUGGGCCCGACCCGAUUCGAAGACCCAGGUUACAGCGGAGUAUAUUUUCGAAUCGGGCGCCUGCAUCCCACAGCGUGUGCAUACCAUCGUCGUAUCACUGCAACACUCGGACAAGAUUACGCUGGAGGAAUUGCGCAAGGACAUUAUGGACAAGGUGAUCAAAGAGGUCAUCCCGGCUAGGUACUUCGACUCGGACACAAUUGUGCACAUCAAUCCGUGCGGGUUGUUCAUCAUUGGUGGACCACAGGGCGACGCUGGUCUGACUGGACGCAAAAUUAUCGUUGACACCUACGGUGGCUGGGGAGCGCACGGAGGUGGCGCUUUCUCCGGCAAGGAUUUCACCAAGGUUGAUCGCUCGGCCGCUUAUGCCGCUCGUUGGGUAGCUAAAUCGCUAGUGAAGGCUGGCAUCUGUCGGCGCUGUCUGGUGCAGGUGGCCUACGCUAUUGGUCUUGCUGAACCCCUUUCAAUCACAGUAUUUGACUACGGUACAUCGAAGUACAGACAGAAGGAGUUGCUGAGUAUUGUCAAGAAGAACUUCGAUUUGCGCCCAGGCAAGAUUGUCAAGGAUCUGAACCUCAGAACGCCAUUUUACCAGCGCACCAGUACAUACGGUCACUUCGGACGCGAAGGAUUCCCAUGGGAGGAACCCAAGGAGCUGGUGUUGGAUUGAUUGCCCAAAUCAUCGCAUCCAACAACUCAUGGCGACGGCAGCAGUGAUGAUAUUGUCAUUGUUUCCGCUCCCAGUAGCAGAUACGAAGGGGUCGCACCGAUUGCUUCGAAAAAAGCCAAGCUAGAUGUUUAGACUUAACUAAGGAUGAUUAGUGUUUUAACUACGAAAAUUUACUUCAUUUUUUUUUAAGUGUUAGCUUUUGUUGAGAUCCUCCGUGACAGCAAAAUUGCAUAUAUCUCCUGUUCGUUUAGAUGUAUGUUUCAAUCCUCUUUUUCGUAAUAUUGCCAUAUUGUGUCAUAUUUCAAAGGGCAGAAAGUGAUUUAUAUGUUCCACGUUUAUCAAACAAGCAUGUUUAUUGUGAAUAGUGAACAAUAUUUUUUGUAUCAAAUUGUCAGGUAAAUUAUUCUUCCAAUUUACACUUUCACCCCCCAUAUAUACACAGUUCGUGAUUGAUUGAGAUUUGUCAGCUUAUAUUAGAAGAUUAGUAAAUUUUAUCAAACUGCGCCAGGGAGGAAGACUCGAUGAUUAAAAAUUGUGAGAGAAUUUCUUCGCACUUGCUGCCUUUCUUGGUUGAUUCGUUCUCCCAGUCUUACUUCAAACACAAACGAAAAUGCAACAAUCGCAACAAUAUCUCUACAAUUAGUUUAUACGCUUACACACAUACACUCUAUCUCGAGUUUUGAAAACAGCAAACAGUAGCAUGUAAAAAGUGACAUAGUGUUCACAUAAGAAUAGGGAAAUAUGACAUUAUGUUAGAAAAAAGAAACAAAAAAAAAACAAAAAAAAGAGGCGGCGAGAUGAGUGGUCGCCACGCCAUAGAAAAUUGGAUCUCGUGAGGCUUCGACAAAGCUAGACUAUUCGGUUGGCCACAGUAGGAACCACAUCAAGUGCACUUCCAGUGUGAGAUCUUUGGAAGCGCUGCCUGCUGCAAAAUUCGUUGUAUGACGUGAAAAAAAUCAAUUCAAAUAUUUCACUACUAUGCAUGUGAUUUGCGUGAUAAAAAUGUGUCCAAAGAAUGCGUGUAAUGUAUUUAAACGUUUGCAAGUUGAAACUUCGUUGAAUCUGGAUUAUGCUGUUACCGGAGAAAAAAUAAUGAGUUGAUGAGAGCGCCAUUUACAUCGGGUGUUAGCGUGUUUGGCGGUGUUAGCGUAGAAUAUCAGCAUUUAAGACAGCAAUACUAUUUACAUUAGGAAUCGAAUGGUGCUUAUAGGAACGAAAAAUAGUAACAACGUAGCCUCCGGAUAAUGGAGACUUGUGAUCAGGGCCGGAACGAGACGGAUGUAUACUGAGAUACUGCCAACUUUUAUUUUGAUUUGUUAAGAAGGAGACAUUCGAUUGCUGAACGCGCAGCUCUUACACAUAGGACAGGGACAGAACAUUCUGAUUUAGUACGCUUGUGUGUUUCUAAAAUUUAAAAUCCAUAAAUUUAAAUUUUAGAGUCAUCAAGCUGAAUCUAUCGCGACAAGUUUUUGUACAAAAUAGUGUCCAUUUUUCAUUGGUAUAUAUAUAUAUAUUGUGCCUGAAAACAAUCAUAUAUAAUAUUUCUUUUCCAAAAUGGUAUCCCCUGGUGCCAUCGGUGGGGACCAUUCCCCUUUUCUUAAUCUCAAUAAUCCACAUGCAACGAAGUUUAUUUUUUUCACAUGUUCAUACACGUUUUGUGUUGUGUUUACGUAAAGGAAUUUAUUUGUGGAAAAGAGCCAUUUCGAAAACACUCCGGUCCGUCGAAUGGUUGAAAGGUGCUAUCGUGGUAUGAACAAAAAAACCAGAAAAAAUAGCUGAAAAUAUAGACCCUAUAAAAAGUAGUAACCCAUUAGAUGUUAGUGUAAUAAGUUUUGAUAAAAUUUGCACUGCUACGCCUGAGACAAAACAGACGACGAAAAUUAGCUACCAGAGGAAUUUAGGUUGCACUCUUAUCGUAAGAAAUAUAGAAUUUUACCAAAACGAAAACAUCUAACGUCAUAAUGAGUCAUAACAUUUCUUUGCAUGGAAUAAAUGUAAUGAAAAAAAAGCAAAAAAUGUACCAAGGCACGCUUUGCGAGGGCGCGAGUCAAACCAAAAAAAAGAGUUUUAAUGGAUAGAUUUUCCUAAACUAUAUUCCUAAGGUACGAUUUACUUAUUUUACUGCUAAUUCAAAACGGCGAUGUAAUGAUAACAUUCAGAAAUGAAUAUAAAACAAACGUAAUGGUAGACAAAAGCAAGAGGAACUAUAAAACAUAUAAAAUUCCCGCUACUUUUAGUAGAGUAAGAACAA